AUGUCGUCGCCUCCAACAUCCAAGCGCAUCAAGACAUCUGUCUCCACCAGCGUACCACCACAACUCCUAACACAGCAACAAAUCAAUCCUUUCCAGAGAGUCCCUGCUUACGAGGGCAUUCCUAUACCUCCUGCUCAGGUGGCGCCUCAGAACUCCCGCAAACGCCGCGCUUCACCCCAGUUAAGUGUCGCAGCAGCCAUGGCUGCACCAGUCACUUCUGCUUCGGCAGAUGCAACGCAGACCCCCCAAAGUGCCCCAGAAGCGGCCCCAAAGAAGAAAGGACGGACCAAUACGCCCUGGACGGCGGAGGAAGAACAGAGACUCAAGACGAUGCGCGACGCGGGUCGCAGCUGGAGCGAGAUUGCCAAGACCUUUCCCACCCGAACUGAGGGGAGUGUGAAAAAGCACUGGUACAAGGAUAUGCAUUAUGCCGAGUUCGCGGAAGAAGAGUCUGUUGCCCUACGGGAGGCAAUAAAAGAAUACGAGGCCAACAAGUGGAAGGUCAUCGGACAGAAGGUUGGAAAGCCCGCCAAAGCAUGCGAGCAAUAUGCGAAGGAGCAUUUCAAGAAUCUUUGA